GUUCGCAGAACAAUGUGCUGCCAUGAUGAGGAGGUGGGAUCAACUCGAUCUGGUUGGGCCAACUGAUUGAUUCCAGGAAUCGACUUUUAGAGGCCAGUCCCUCCCACUUCCCACAUUUAAUCAAUGACGAUAACUAUCUUAUAAAGAGUUGGAAUUCUAUAUCAGUUGUGUUAAGUCUGAAGUGCCGCUUACUUUGUAUCUCAAAAUUAUAUUGAAAGGAAAGAGUACUAUGUGAACAAUGUGCUAGGAAGCGAUUUUAGUUUUGGACUGAAAAUCUAAAAUCAAGAAGUUAGAAAAAAUUUAAUAGUUUUGCUGACAAUUACAAAAUGAGAGUUCCCGUAUUUUUGUACAGUUUUGUGGUAUUUCUGGGUGUUUGUUGCGUUGAUGAAGUGAUUUCAACUGACAAAGAUAUAGAGAGCUCCUCGCAGGAAAUAGACCAUCAAAGGGAUUUCGCAACACUUAACAAACGCCGAUACGGAGAUGACGACUUUCAAAAAAGAUUGCGAUAUUUUAUAGGCAAACGUUCUGAUACAGGAGACAAGGAAAAACGCAUGCGAUAUUUACUUGGAAAACGUUUCGCAUUUGAUGGUAACGUUAACAAACGACUACGCUAUUUUCUCGGAAAACGUGAUUUUUCAGAUACUAAAAAAAGAACAAGAUAUUUCAUUGCAAAACGAUCUGAUGAACUUGGCAGUCAUGAUUUAGAACAAAAUAUGAGACACAUUCUUGAAAAACAGGAAUCUGAUAAAGUUAAUCCUGGAUUGGAGAAAAGAAUGCGCUAUUUUCUUGGCAAGAGAAUGAGAUACUUCCUUGGGAAACGGGCAAACAGCGCAACAUCAAAUUCGGACUCGCAAAACGAAUCUUCAAAAAGAACGAGAUAUUUUCUAGGAAAAAGAGACGGAACAAGAUACUUCUUGGGAAAAAGAUUCCGCUAUUUCCUUGGAUGACAGAACAUUGUAAGUUACAUGAAUCAGCAAUUCCAAAUACUCUUGUUGUUUUGAAACAUUUCUGCUCAAAAACAUUUUAAAAUUCAUUUAUAUUAUGAUUUUUUUGAAAAAAACAUUGAUAAAAUGAUUUAUUUGAGAAAUAUUGUUAAUUGUAUUGAAAUUUCAAGAUUCCCUUUGGGUUUUUUCACACUAUAGUGUCCAUCUGUAGACGAACUAUUCAAACUUUGUGUAAUGUACUCUUCUUUAUAACGAUGGAAUCAAUUAAAUAGAAGCUUGCAAAUGAA